CCAUUUCGAAGGCAAAACCAAACAAAUAUUUCACACAGUGUUUCUUUAUAUUACUACUAUCCUUUCGUUGCACUCCCGCAAUUCUGAAACAACAAACUAAUCGAUUGCGAAACUAUUGUCUCGCCAUCGGUCUCGCUCUAUCUAAACGAGCCCAUCACAAUUUUCAUCACUCAACUCAUCACAGCUCACCACACACGCACGAAACUUUACUUUAUAGAGGCUUGCUGCAGCUAGGGAGGAGAGUUUGUAUGUGUACGAUAUAGUAAACGCAUAAAAAAAACCCAUCCAGCACCAUCACCUCGAUCCCAGUGAAGAUGGCCUAUCGUGUCCUGACGACAGCCAAAAAGCUUGAAUCCGUUCUCAUCGGGCUGAACCGACCACCGCACCGUACCGUGAAUGGGCAGGACUGUGAACAGAUCAUCCGCAGCCUCAGCUACCUACAGUCGCGUAGCAACAAAACAUGGAACGAAUUCAUUCACCGCAUACAAGUGUUCUGUGAGAAGCCACCGAAAGGGUUCGAGAAGUACUACAAACCACCGGGUGCUGCGGCCAGUGCCGGCCUGCAGCAAAAGCAAGCGGGCCAAGCUGGUGACAGUGCCGGCAGCAGUAAAGCAGAUGGUCCAGCGGCCGAACAACAACAGUCCGCCGCCCAGCAGCCGGAUGCAUCGUCUCGAAAGAAUGAUUGGAAUUUGGGCAUGUUUUCGCCUCAACCGGCACGCGGGAAGGGUGGUUCCAGUGGUGGAGGCGGAUCCGGACGGCCUAUCGGUGGAGGGGAGGAUGGCGAUAAGGAGAAAAUGUUGAUCUUUGGUGCGUUGGCUGGCAUUGCGCUGAUAUCGGCCAUUGCUUUCUUCGAGAUGGGUUACAAGGAAAUAGCGUGGAAGGAAUUCGUGAACAACUACCUCGCCCGUGGCAUCGUUGACAAGCUGGAAGUGGUUAACAAAAAAUGGGUCCGAGUUAAGCUAACGCCCGGCAAUGCUACAGAUUCUUCGGGCGUCCUAUGGUUUAACAUCGGCAGCGUGGACUCGUUCGAGCGCAAUCUGGAGAGUGUGCAAACGGACAUGAACAUCGAGCCGGUCAACUUUGUCCCGGUGAUUUAUCGCAGCGAGCUCGAAGCGUCCAGCCUGACCGGUCUGCUGCCGACACUGCUCAUUAUCGGCUUUCUCGUGUACAUGAUGCGACGCUCGUCGGAGAUGAUGGGCGGUGGUCGGGGUGGACGUCGCGGAGGUGGUCUGUUCGGCGGUGUCAUGCAAUCGACCGCAAAGCUAAUCAAUGCUAAUGAAAUCAACGUCGGUUUCAAGGAUGUGGCCGGCUGCGAGGAGGCCAAGAUCGAAAUUAUGGAGUUUGUUAAUUUCCUCAAAAACCCCCAACAGUAUAUUGAUCUUGGAGCGAAAAUCCCCAAGGGAGCAAUGCUGACCGGUCCACCGGGUACGGGAAAAACGUUACUCGCAAAGGCGACCGCUGGGGAAGCGAACGUCCCGUUCAUUACCGUGUCGGGUUCGGAGUUUUUGGAAAUGUUUGUUGGUGUUGGGCCGUCCCGGGUACGCGACAUGUUUGCGAUGGCCAGGAAGAACGCACCGUGCAUUCUGUUUAUCGAUGAAAUCGAUGCCGUUGGACGAAAGCGUGGCGGCAAAAGCUUCGGUGGCCAUUCGGAGCAGGAAAAUACGCUCAAUCAGCUGCUGGUGGAGAUGGAUGGGUUUAACACCACGACCAACGUGGUAGUGCUGGCCGCCACCAACCGGGUGGACAUUCUCGACAAGGCACUGCUGCGACCGGGACGCUUCGAUCGACAGAUUUACGUGCCAGCGCCCGACAUUAAGGGGCGCGCCUCUAUCUUCAAAGUGCAUUUGGGACCGCUCAAGACGGACCUGGACAAGACGGAUUUGGCGCGCAAAAUGGCGGCCCUUACGCCAGGCUUUACCGGCGCGGACAUUGCGAACGUGUGUAACGAGGCGGCACUGAUCGCGGCGCGAGAUUUAAACGAAUCCAUCAUAAUGAAACACUUUGAGCAAGCGAUCGAACGAGUAAUUGCCGGUAUGGAAAAGAAAACGAAUGUCCUGUCGCCGGAGGAGAAGCGCACGGUUGCGUAUCACGAGGCCGGGCAUGCGGUUUGUGGCUGGUUCCUGGAGCACUCGGACCCGCUGCUAAAGGUUUCGAUUAUUCCACGCGGCAAGGGUCUCGGGUAUGCGCAGUACCUGCCGAAGGAUCAGUACCUGCUGACGACGGAACAGCUGUACGAUCGCAUGUGCAUGACGCUGGGCGGGCGUGUGUCGGAGGAAAUCUUCUUCGAGCGCAUCACGACCGGGGCGCAGGACGAUCUCAAGAAAAUUACCGACAGUGCGUACGCACAAAUCACGCGCUUCGGCAUGAACAAAAAGGUCGGCAACGUGAGCUUCGACAGCUCGCAGCCGGGCGAUCCAAUGUUCACGAAACCGUACUCGGAGCAGACCGCCCAGAUCAUCGACGAGGAGGUGCGGGCCCUGAUCGACCGGGCGUACGUGCGAACGAAAGCGCUGUUGACGAAGCAUCGGGCCGACGUGGAGAAGGUGGCGGAACGGUUGCUGAAGAACGAGAUCCUCAGCCGGGACGACAUGAUCGAGCUGCUCGGCAAGCGCCCAUUCCCCGAGAAGUCGACGUACGAAGAGUUUGUGGAGGGUACGGGUUCGUUCGAGGAGGACACGACGCUACCGGACGGGUUGGCUAGCUGGAACAAAGAGAAGGUACAGGAGAAGGAAACGAGCGUGAAGGGGGACGAUGGGGGCAAGGUGAAGGCGUAAGUUUGGGGGUGAGCAUGUUACUAGUUGAUCAAGCGAAAAGUUCAUUCAAGCUGUGUUCUGCAAAACGUCCGGGACGAAGAAAAUAAAUUCUAUCGCGAGUGCGACGGCCUGAUGCAAUACACUCUA